AUGGCCUCUGGGUACUCACAAGACAAAAGAACAGCAACAUCGAACACCGGAUCCACUAUGUCAGGCUACCCCCAUGACACGCCUUCGACGUCGAUGCUCGCGGCAGACGAGGACGACGUGCACGUGAGCCCGAACUCGAGCCCGGCCGGUGGGGCCAGCUCGGAUAAGUGGUUGCUGCUACCACAAACGCCACCCAUCACGCUCGACCACAUUGGAAACAGUCCAGUACACGUACUUUCAUCAUCCCCCCCGUUCGAAUCUCUCUCUUCCUUGCGCCGACGAGCUUCCAUGGCGAUGUCCAGCCUGCCGCAAACUCGCCGCGCCGAUGGGGACGAUCAGAUCUCGGUGGCAGGUGAGACCGAUCUCCAGCGAGACGUCCGAUCGGAAUCCAUGGGGCCGUCUGGUCGCCCACACUGUAUUCUGUGGCAAUCAUCUACGCUGUCUUCCUCCGUUUUUGACAAAGGCAAGGGUGUUGCUGUCGUCGAAGAGGAGCGAUCCCCGGACUGUGCCGUCACGGAGGCUCGUGCUCCCGGCACCGACGCCGAGCAAGUGGGGCAACGGCGCGAGCACUGGACGGCGACCUCCACCGGUGUUACCGCAUCACAGUAUCUCGCAGGUCCAUUAGUAGCCGGACUCUCCCAGAGCCUAGCAUCCUCGUCCGAACGAUCCAUGUUUGCACAAGAUGAUGCACACUCGGCGGCAUCGUCGAUAGCGCCAUGGCCUGCACCGACUGAGAUCCUGCGACUCGAUCCCACCCCCACACCACUCGCGGCGGCCAUCGGCACGAGCAUCGAUGGCGAUGAGGGGUCGGCAGCGUCCAACACCGGCUGGGCCACCCCAUGUGCCUCGACAUCUGAGAUGAUGCACAUUUCCUUAACUGAACUGUCGAUCCAAUUGACGUACGUGGAACGAAUGCAGAACGACCUUCCCUCGCCCAGGGCACAAUUUUCCAGUCACCGAGCCAAGCCGCCGCGUCGCUUCUCCAAAUCCUUCACCACCGCCUUGUCGCGAGCCUCGCCCUCGAGCAGAACUAGACCGCCCACACCAUUCAGGCUGGAUUCAACCUCUUCCCUGGCAGGCAUGACCACUUCGGCCAGUGCAUCACCACUGACUCCGUCGCCUUCCCCAGCUCGCAACGGAGGGAGUGGUGCGCGCCACCGCGGAGAGCUCCUAGAGCUUUCAACUUCUGAAGCAUCGUCCGCUUCGACACCUUUCGUGGACAAGUCACCCUCGUCCGACAUUUUCAGGGUACGAGCACGAUCACGCUCGCUGCCCGUCAUGCUGCAGAAACCCUUGCGCGUCACUCCUGUGGUUCAAGUCGACUCCCGGCGGGCCAAGGAGCUCAACAGGCUGCUGGAGUCGGAUUUUGUAACGGUCUUGUCGAGUCCGACCCUCGAAUCGUCCCCAGUCGUUGAUUCGGAUUCAGAUCCGCAGUCCAAGCCCAGGGACAUAUUUGGGACGCUUCCUUACGAGGUGCAGGCUCGGAUCUUAUGCUCCCUCGUCCACAUCCAUAUCGACGAGCACGAACGCCUGGUCGCGGAUGGCAAGUGGCGUGGUCCAGUCGUACUGCGAACUAGAUGGCGCGGUGAAGCCUCUGGAAGGCGAGAGCUGGUCAAAUGUGCUCGUGUAAGCUGAUCGAGGCUCCUGUCUUCGAGCUUGUACUCGCCUGACUGGAGAGUAACCCGCCCGUCUUUCCGCAGGUGUCUCGGCUUUGGAGAAAUCUCGCCUUUGACGGGCAGACUUGGCCCAUACUCGACGUAGCAUCCAUCGGUCCCGACGUGUUCUCCUCUCCUGCAUUGUUGCGACUCGCCGAAGGCGCCGGCACCUUUGUUCGAAAGGUGGAUCUGUCCAACAUGGCGCAGACGACUGGUUAUACGAUCGUCGAAAUGACCCGACUCGUGGGUAGCGAAAGGGGGCAGACGAACUUGACCUCAAUUAACUUGCAAGGUGAGGACAACCAACGCUUCCAUUCCUUUGGGUCAACAUAAAUUUGACCGUCUAUCCACGCCCAGGCUGCUCUUCGAUCAGCAAUAGCUCACUCGCGUUCCUCCUCGCGCGCUCGCCAAAUCUCCGAAAACUCAACUUUCUUGCGCUCGCGGCGGUAGACGACGAAACACUCCGGAUUCUGGGCAAGUCUGCUCAAAAUCUCGAAGACCUCAACGUCAGUCGGUGCAGCGUCCUCCACGCCACGAGUUUAUACUUCAUCACGAGCCCACUCAAGCGACUCGGUGCAAGUCGAAUGCACAGUGCAAGUGACCGCGUUAUCGGGGAAGUGUUGAGACGACAAACCGCGCUUGAAAGCCUAGACUUGUCCUCGAGCCAUCGCCUCACUGAUCAAGUUUUCCAGUCGAAUACUUCCCUAUCGAGUCUGGAUGCCUUGCGCCACCUCAACCUCAGCUCGUGCCGACUGCUCACGGACGAGACGCUAGCAUGUCUGGUCGAUCACGUACCACAUCUUGAAACAUUCGAAAUCGCAUACAAUCGUCAAAUUGGAGCCAACGAUGCUUUAAAACGGCUUCUGCACUCGACUCCGCUGUUGAAGCGGCUCGAUCUCGAAGGCAGCAUCGUGCUCGAAGAUGCCGCGCUUUCGGGAGUGGCGAAUUGUUCUGACCUUCCCGAGCUUGAAUGGCUCGUCCUCUCGGGGUGUACGACCUUGACUCAACAAUGCCUGGCGAGUAUUGCUCGAUCACAAGGUCUACCGAAGUUGAAGAUCCUCGAACUGGACGGGACCCACAUCGAUGAAGUAUCCAUCGCCUCCUUCGUCAUCCGGCAGCACCAAAAACAUCUCCAGCCGUUCUCGCCACAAUUGCCCUCGCCGGACGGCUCCUUACCCUGCUCAGCGCAAGAACUUCCGUCCAAAAUUUCGAUCUUGGACGCGCACUUUCAUACGCGCCGACUUCAACGUCAAUUGAGUCGUCACAUCCGAACGCGCGACGGUCGACGAGGCUACGAGUUCCGUCACUUCGCCUACGCAGAUUUCGACACCGUAGUACCUCAAGAGUCGACCUGGUCCAUCAAUCCGGCCAUACAAGAGCUCGAGGGCUCGACAAGAGUCGUAUUGAGGUCGUUUGAAGGGAAUGCAGAUGUCGAUGGGCUACAUUCGAGGACUGGGCCGAGUCGUGCCAGGACUUGGAGCGGAUCGGGUAGGACGGGUUGUAUUGUUUCAUAG